AUGACCAAGUCAGCACAUUUCAUUCCUGUUCAGUCUUCAUUUAGCGUCGAGAGGUUGGCUCGUAUCUACAAUCGGGAGGUGGUUCGACUUUAUGGGGUGCCAACUAAUGGUCAGUCGGAGCGUACAAUUCAGGUCCUUGAGGACAUGCUGCGGGCUUAUGUUUUGGAGUUUGGUGCUCAUUGGGACCAGCUCUUGCAUUUAGUAGUGUUUGGGUGUAACAACAACUACCAUUCUAGCAUUCAAAUGGCCUUAUUCGAGGCCUUGUAUGGUAGGCGUUAUCGCUUUCUGGUGGGCUGGAUUGAGUCUACAAAGCCUAGGCCGUGGGGUACAUAUUUGAUUCGGGAGGCUUUGGACCAGGUGAGAGUGAUUCAGGAUAUACUUAGGACGACUCAGACAAGGCACCAAAGUUAUGCAUAUCAGAGGCGUCGACCUUUAAGAUUAUCUGUUGGUGAUCGGGUAUUGCUCUGUGUGUCGCCCCUGAAGGACGUGAUGAGGUUUGGGAAGCAGGGCAAGCUUAGGCCCAGGCAUCGUCCGGUCGAUGAGGCAACCUGGGAGACCGAGCAAGAGAUGUGA